UAAAUUAAAGAAAAAAGAAUGAAGAGCGUGUCGACAUAGAUGUUGCCACCAUGGUCUCAUUCCGCUUCGCUUUUCCUUAUAUCAUCCCGUUAUCCUUCUCUCCUCUCUUCCCGCCUCGGCUCCCUCCUUCCUCUCUCUCCUCUCUCUCUUCUCCAUUUCCCUUUCUUCGCUCUUCUUCUUCCUUCUUCAACCACUCUCCACGGAGGAUGGGAUCUCUCUCUGCUCUCAUCGAUCCAUUCCUCUACCCUACUGCUCGCCGAGAUGACUCCGUUGUCGACGAUUAUCACGGCUGUCAGAUCGUUGACCCUUACCGAUGGCUUGAAGAUCCUGACGCGGAUGAAGUGAAGGAGUUUGUGGAGAAACAGGUGAAAUUGACGGAAUCGGUGCUUCAGAAGUGUGAUACUAGAGAGAAGCUUCGCGCGAAGAUUACUGAACAAUUUGAUCAUCCGCGAUAUGAUCCACCGUUUAAGCGAGGGAAUAAGUACUUUUACUUUCACAAUACUGGCCUUCAGGCGCAGAACAUUCUUUAUGUCCAGGAUAGUUUGGAUGGAGAACCUGAGGUUUUGUUGGAUCCUAAUGCGCUAAGUGAAGAUGGAACAGUUUCGCUGAGUAAUCUCUCAGUUAGUAAGGAUGCGAAAUACUUGGCCUAUGGCCUUAGUUCAAGCGGCAGUGAUUGGGUGAAAAUUAAAGUCAUGCGAAUUGAUGAUAAGAAAGCUGAACCGGAUACAUUAUCAUGGGUUAAGUUUUCAAGUAUUAGUUGGACAGUUGAUGGCAAAGGUUUUUUCUACAGUCGCUAUCCUGCUCCCAAAGAAGUAGGAACUUUGGAUGCUGGUACGGAGACGAAUGCAAAUCUUUAUCAUGAGUUAUACUACCAUUUCUUGGGAACUGAUCAAUCUGAUGAUGUAUUAUGUUGGAGAGAUCAAGAUCAUCCUAAAUACCUCUUUUCGGCCUCUGUUACUGAUGAUGGAAAGUAUGUACUUAUGCCAAUUGAGGAGGGUUGCGAUCCAGUCAACAAAUUCUACUAUUGUAACAUAUCGGCACUUCCUAAUGGACUUGAAGGCUUCAAGGGGAAAAAUGACCUGCUCCCUUUUACAAAACUUAUUGACGACUUUGAUGCUCAGUAUUACGCUAUUGCAAAUGAUGAUACAUUGUUCACCUUUAUAACGAAUAAAAAUGCUCCUAAAUAUAAGCUUGUAAGGGUUGAUCUGAAUGAUCCUACAGUAUGGACAGAACUACUUCCAGAAUCUGACAAGGAUGUGCUAGAAUCUGCAUGUGCUGUUAAUGGAGACCAAAUGAUAGUGAGCUACUUGAGUGAUGUUAAAUAUGUUUUGCAGAUAAGGGACUUGAAGUCAGGUUCCUUGUUGCAUCAACUACCCAUCGAUAUUGGCACGGUUAAUGGAAUCUCUGCUAGGCGUGAAGAUAGUUUAAUUUUCAUAGGGUUUACUAGCUUUCUUACGCCUGGAAUUAUUUAUCAGUGUAAUUUGGAGAGUGGGACUCCAGAUCUGAAGAUAUUCCGUGAAACUGUUGUUCCUGGAUUUGAGCGUUCAGCAUUCAAUGUUGACCAGGUUUUCGUACGUAGUAAAGAUGGCACAAAUAUACCAAUGUUUGUCGUGGCACGAAAGAAUAUUGUGUUUGAUGGAUCACACCCUUGCUUGCUAUAUGGGUACGGAGGAUUUAACAUUAGCUUGACCCCAUCUUUCAGUGUGAGUCGUACGGUACUCAUGAGGCAUUUAGGUGCUGUUUUCUGCGUUGCUAACAUUCGUGGUGGCGGAGAAUAUGGGGAGGAAUGGCACAAAGCAGGUUCUCUUGCGAAGAAGCAGAAUUGCUUUGAUGAUUUCAUUUCUUCUGCGGAGUAUCUUAUUUCUGCUGGUUAUACCCAGCCCAGUAAAUUGUGUAUUGAAGGUGGAAGCAAUGGAGGGCUUCUCGUUGGAGCUUGCAUCAAUCAGAGACCUGAUCUGUUCGGUUGCGCAUUGGCUCAUGUUGGUGUAAUGGACAUGCUGCGAUUUCAUAAGUUUACAAUAGGUCAUGCCUGGACUUCGGAUUAUGGUUGUUCGGACAAUGAGGAAGAGUUCAAGUGGCUAAUCAAGUAUUCUCCACUCCACAAUGUGAAGAGGCCAUGGGAACAGCAUCCUGAUCGACUUUUACAAUACCCAUCAACCAUGCUAUUAACUGCUGAUCAUGAUGAUCGUGUUGUGCCAUUGCAUUCACUGAAGUUAUUGGCGACAAUGCAAUAUGUUCUAUGCACGAGUUUGGAGAAAAGCCCUCAAACCAACCCAAUAAUUGGUCGCAUAGAGUGCAAAGCGGGCCAUGGAGCCGGCCGUCCUACGCAGAAAAUGAUUGAUGAAGCAUCAGACCGAUAUGCGUUCAUGGCAAUGAUGUUGGCAGCAACAUGGAUUGAUUAGAUUAUUAGAUGCAACAAUCAGAUAAAAUUUACCAAAGCGAUCUAGAUGUUUUUGUGAUUUCCUACAAUUUAUUUGUAACUCUGGCGUAAUAAAAGCUCGACUUUGGUAAUAAUUUCAAUUUAUUCGAGCGGCUAUGAUUUUGGUUUGCCGCCAAGUCCUAGAAAAAAAAGAAGAGAAGAAAAAGAUAAAACAGCUCUAUUUUUUCGUUUUCUUAAUCUUAAGAAACUAGGGAGAAUUAUCGCUUAGUUAGUUAUGUGGCCAAACUAUUUUAUUUUAUAAAACUAUACUAAUAGUUAGAAAGUAUAA